GUAAUUUUGUUGUAAUUUGUGCUCUUUUCUUGCUGUCUUUUUCCUCCAUCUUCCUCUUCCCAAAUCUCUCUUUUUUUUUUCUUUUUUUAUUUACUCAUUGUUGAGUUUAAUAAAUUAGGGUCUUAAAAACUCCUUCCCCAAAAUGCUUGCUCGACUCGCGUCCCAGCGUCUUCUCGAUAUCCGUCAAGCUUUCCUUCAAUCUGUUCAGGUGUGUCGAUCCUUCUCCACUGCCUUGAACUAUCACAUUGAUGGCCCAGAUAACAAUCCUGACCUUCCAUGGGAAUUUUCCCAGGCAAACAAAGCGAAGGUCAAGGAGAUAUUAUCUCAUUAUCCAUCCAACUACAAGCAAUCUGCUGUAAUUCCUUUGUUAGAUCUUGCACAGCAGCAGCAUGGAGGGUGGCUUCCUGUUUCAGCCAUGAAUGCAGUGGCAAAGGUUAUAGAAGUUGCUCCUAUUCGUGUGUAUGAGGUUGCGACUUUUUAUUCAAUGUUCAAUCGGUCAAAGGUCGGCAAGUAUCAUCUAUUGGUUUGUGGCACAACUCCUUGUAUGAUACAUGGUUCACGAGAAAUUGAAGAAGCCUUAUUGAAACACUUGGGAGUUAAGCGCAAUGAAGUAACAAAGGAUGGUUUAUUCUCAGUUGGAGAAAUGGAAUGUAUGGGAUGUUGUGUAAAUGCUCCUAUGAUCACAGUUGCUGAUUACUCCAAUGGAUCUGAAGGAUAUACGUAUAAUUAUUAUGAAGACGUUACACCACAACGAGUUGUUGAGAUAGUUGAGAUGUUAAGAAAGGGGGAGAAGCCACCGCCUGGCACUCAGAAUCCUAAACGUAUCAAGAGUGGACCAGAAGGAGGAAACACCACUUUGCUAACUGAUCCAAAACCUCCCCCAUGCCGAGAUCUUGAUGCCUGCUAAAGUUAACAUGCCCAUGCUGUCUCUAAUAAUGCAAAGCUUGGAUGUUGCCAGGCUUCUGUGGGGUGUAUGUUCUUGUUGAAUUUAUCAAGCUUAACCAACCAUUUUUUAUUGUUUUCUCUGCUGAUAUGACAUCUGGUGGAUUUUCCAUGCAAUUUCAACUUGGUACAAGUUAUAAGAUGACUCAAGUUGCUUUGUACCGGAUGAUUGAUGUCAAUGUUUACGAUAAAAGCUUUGAUGGAAGCAGCCCAUAAUUGUGGCAUUGGAAUGCCUUGAUGUUUUUUGAAGGUGAAAACAGCAUGGGAUUUUCUCGGUUAUAGCUGCCUAGAGCAACCACCGGGUAAUGUAGUUCAGCAUAUUGUUUGAUAGAUUCGAGUAGACGCUCCCAGAUUAGAACGGUGCCUUCUUCCAUUGUAAC